GAGAAAGAAAGGGAUAGAAAGACAAAAGUUGUCAAAACCCCAUGAUUCAAAAUUCUCUCUCUUCUCUCUCAUCCUCUAGCUAUAGCUACUCUCCUUUUUUCUUUCCUCUACUUAAUCAGGACUAGGAAGACCUCUCUCAAAGUUUCACCGAAAACAAGACUUGCUUGGGAUCUUCAGGGAAAAUUAUAUUGGAAAGAGAAGUAUAUGAAGUAAUUAAAAGGAAAUAGUGGUAGCUAGCUGGAAGAAUAGAGUAAAAAAAGAUAGUUUUUUGAGAAAUGAAUAGAGGUGCUAUGCAGAAAUCACCAGUGCAGCAAAUGAUGGGUGGAAGCCCUAACUGGUGGAAUAUCAAUAACAUGAGGCCUCCCAUAUCUCAUCAACAAAUUGCUGCUACGUCUGUUCCUUCCUUGUUGGCUCCUAAUAAUAAUCAUUUCUCUCCAACAGUGCCACUUCCUUCGCCUCCAUGGAAUAAUAACCAAGAACAGCUUCCUGAAUCAUGGAGCCAAUUACUUCUUGGAGGCUUGGUGGGGGAAGAAGAGAAGUCAGUACAUCUGAGCAAUAUGCAGGCCGUCAAGAAGUUGGAAAAUAAUUGGGAAGAACAGUCGACGUUCCUGAGCCAGGCAGCUGAUUCUGUUAUAGAUGUAAAUCAGAAAAACUACAUGUAUGAACAUGUCAAUAAUGUGGAUUUCCAUCACCAGACAGAAAUUACUGGUAAACCUACUUGGUCACAGAUGAUGCCACUCUCAUCUCCUAAGUCUUGUGUCACAACUUUGAGCAGUAACAUGCUAGAUUUUUCUAACAACAAGUCAGAUACAAGACACCCACCUCCUGAUCAUUCAUCUGAGGUAUGAAAUAAUAGAGGC